AUGCCAUCUACCAUUGCCAAGGUGAAGUUGCAGCAACUGGUGGGUGGGGGUGUGGAUUGUGGUAGGGUAGUGAGGGUAGAUAGGUUUGCAGCUUGGGAUUAUAAAAGGGCUGCGUUCAGGGAGGCUUACCUACAAUGUUCAAAUGCCAUACAAAGCAUGGAAAACAAACUGAGAACUGUAAGUCACACUCCUCAUGCUAAAAUAGACAAUGUCCUUAAGGACUCCAUGGAAUGGAAAAGAAAAUAUGAACAAGUUUCAUCGAAGCAGAAGGUUGAGGAAGACCAGGCCAGUAUAGAAAUAGCAAUUCUUAAGUUUAGGAGCAGUGCUGCUGAAGCAAGGUUGGUUGCUGCUCGGGAACAAGCUCAGUUUGCUCAAGAGGAGGCAGAGGAGUGGAAACAGAAGUAUCACAUUGCUGAAGAGGAAAUGAAGGAUAAGGUAGCAAAGAUUGAACAGACUGAGCAGCAUCUGACUACUCUAAAUUUGGAGUUGAAGGUUGCCGAGUCAAAGAUAAAGAACUAUGAUAUGGAGAUAUCAACCUUAAAGCGUGAGAUUAAGUUGGGUGAGAGGUUAGAGAGUGCAAGCACCACCGCACAAUCAUUUGAAAGAGAAGCUAGGAUUCUGGAACAGGAAAAAAAUCUUCUGGAACAGAAGUACCAAUCUAAGUUCGAUAGGUUUGGAGAAGUCCAAGAAAGGUGUAAAAUUGCCGAAAGAGAAUCAAAGAGAGCAACUGGAGCUUUUGACCCAUUCCAAGUGUUUUUGAAAAAAAAUUUCCAACUAAGG